AUGCAUCGGUCGUGGUUCUCGUACUCGAUCUCCAAGCCGUAUCCUUUUCGCUGGUUCACGCCUGUCGUUCUGGUUGGCGGUGUCAUUCUCGCCGUGUUGCUCUCUUUAAUAAACCUGAGCGCAAACGGAUACUACUUGAAGCCUCUAUAUACAUCUGAUCCCAAUGGCACCGAAGCCCUUUCAAACGCACAGUACGUCGGCGGCGCAACGGUAGCCAUUCUGAAGAUGAAGAAGAGUGAUACGGCGGUGCCGCCUGCUCCUUCAUGGUGGCUGUCAUACGGGGAGUCUACAAUGGAGGCAACUGUCGACUGCACUGUUGUGACAGAUGACGGUCCCGUGAUAAUAACGCUCGUUACUGAGGAAAAUAGUGGAGGGGAUCAUACCUAUAGCUACGUGAUCGAAGAUGAUCCUGGAACGCACGCAAGCGUGUGGUGGGGGACCAGACUGCUCAAUGCAUAUUGGAGCGGUGUAAUGACAGUUGCAGCAAACAUGACGAACAUAUAUGGCUCCGACAACUAUGUCGUCCGUAGCGGAUUUACUUACACUCCCAAGCCAGGAGAAUACAUCUACACCGAUCAGUUUUUUGACCUCUACUGGUGGUUAGCAAACACGGACUCCUCGAUUCUCAACAAGAACAUGGAUAAAAGCCUCAAAGAUUACAAUUCUGAUUGGUACGGAUCUCCAGCAUUGACAGAAGGGCUUCACUCCUCAAAGAUUCUCUUCUCUCUACUUUCCCUAGACUUAGGCAACUGCCAGGCACCGAACCUCCUUCUGGACGAUCGUGGGCUCCGGUAUGCAAUCCUGGCACCAGACGAUCACAACCGGGAUCCCGGACGGAUUUUGAACGGCUCCAGAUCACAACUAUACGGGUCAGACCGAUACAACCAAAUUCCUGCCCCCAGAUCGAAUGACACGAAUAGCAGCCUGGUGACGCUCCGGGAUAGCUACGAUAAGUUCCAGCCUAUGAUGGGACCCCUGGGUUGCAGCAACGCUACCAUUGUCAGCCAAUACCUUUGCUCUGUUCCUCAACAGAAGAACGGUGGUGCCAUGUUGUUUUCAAUCCUGCUUGCGGACCUCCUUUUUCUCCAAGCAGCUUGGAAAAUACUGACGUGGAUUGCUGAUGGGAUGGUAUCGAGAGGAAAUACGGAGGCUAUGUAUUGUCAGGGCUGCCAGGCUAGAAUUGGUGCUUAUCAGUCACUACAAGAUUUUAGCUCGACUAGGAACGGCUCCGAGGCGGUCCCAAAAAGGACGAUGGAUUGGAGCGAGAGCAGAGAAACGAUAUUAAGGGAGUAG